AUGUGCGCGAUAGCAACUUAUUUGGAUCCGCAGAAGAAGGAAAUUACAAACGUGCAGAUGUUUGGAGAGGAACAAAAGGAAACACGCCUAAAGUACGAGUUUGAUCAAAAGAAUCAUGUGCUCCGAGCCCAAUACUCAUGCUUCACUGAGCAAUGCAACAGCCUCGAUGAGCUCAUGGCAGUACUACGUGAGGAAGGGUUUAAGAAGAAUGAACACUCGGUGCUUGCCAGAAUGACGCUCCUUGCUUUGAAAGACGGACUUAUGAAAGCAGCUAUGGGCAAAUUUAGGGAGCAAAACGAAGGAACACCGUUCACACUUUGCGUGUGCAUGUUCACACUGCUCGCUUUGGUCGCUUUCAUACACAUGACCAGAGUUUUCUUGAUGUACCUUGGACAUCUCAAGAAGACUGUCUGA